CCACCGAGGGAACCGGCAGUCGAUAACGGUACGUGUACCCGGACGCGUCGGUGUUACGUCGCGCGUCGCGGCAAAUGCGCGCGCUAGGCGAGUACGAGCCAGUUCGCGAACAUCAGGCCAGUCAGGCAGUGGCAGGAAAAAAUGGCGGAUGUCGACUUGAAUAUCGACAACCUGAUACAGAGAUUACUGGAAGUAUACCACACGCAGAAAGACCAGGUUCAGAAGAAAGCCAAGCUAAAAGAUAUUUUCUCGUCGGACUUUGUCGUCAGAGGAUGUCGACCAGGCAAAACUGUUAUCAUGACGGAGGCCGAGGUGCGUGGCCUCUGUCUGAAGUCGCGGGAGAUUUUCCUGCAGCAGCCGAUUCUGCUGGAGCUGGAGGCGCCGCUUAAGAUCUGCGGCGACAUACACGGCCAGUACACCGACCUGCUGCGGCUAUUCGAGUACGGCGGCUUCCCACCCGAGGCGAACUACUUGUUCCUGGGUGACUAUGUCGAUCGAGGGAAGCAGUCUCUCGAGACAAUAUGUCUGCUGCUGGCGUACAAGAUCAAGUAUCCGGAGAACUUCUUCCUGUUGCGCGGCAAUCACGAGUGCGCUAGCAUAAAUAGGAUAUACGGUUUCUACGACGAGUGCAAGCGGCGGUACAACAUCAAGCUCUGGAAAACGUUCACGGAUUGCUUCAACUGUUUGCCGAUCGCCGCGAUCAUCGACGAGAAGAUCUUCUGCUGCCAUGGUGGGCUCAGUCCUGAUCUGCAGGGGAUGGAGCAAAUAAGAAGAAUUAUGCGUCCAACCGAUGUACCUGAUACCGGUCUUCUCUGUGAUCUCCUGUGGUCCGAUCCCGACAAAGACGUCCAGGGUUGGGGCGAAAACGACAGAGGAGUCUCGUUCACAUUCGGUCCAGAUGUCGUGUCGAAGUUCCUGAAUCGCCACGACAUGGAUCUGAUAUGCAGGGCGCACCAGGUAGUCGAAGACGGUUACGAAUUUUUCGCCAAGCGACAACUCGUCACGCUGUUCUCCGCGCCGAACUACUGCGGCGAAUUUGACAACGCUGGCGGAAUGAUGAGCGUCGACGAGACCUUGAUGUGCAGCUUUCAGAUUUUGAAACCGUCGGAGAAGAAAGCCAAGUACCAAUAUGGAGGCAUGAACACGGGUCAAACCGGUAGACCAUCUACACCACAAAGGAAUCCAGCCAAAAAGAAAUGACAGCCUUCAACCGAUCCUGCACAGCAACAAACGCGAUUAUCCUUAAUGGAGGCUAUCAUGCUAGGUAAAUCCGCUUUAUGCUUGUCAAAGCUUACUUAAUCACUCUAGCCAACCACUUAUGUGCAUUAGUACGAAUCUAUUUCCCACGAUCAUCAGUUAAAACACGAAAAAGAGAAAAGAAACAGAAAAAAAAGAGAUAAAAAAAGGGAUGGCGAAAGGAAGCAAAAUGUAGACCGUUUACUCGAUGUAUUUGAGUUCGCGCAGUGAUUCGCCCGAUGAGUUAGAACGCUGUAGUUAGCACGUUCGCGCUGUUCCCAACACGUGUACACGUAUGAUUCAUUCGUUCAGAGUGGAUGCGAUUUAAGUACGAUAAUUUACGGAGCAAAGAUCAUUAAAAACGGGGGCCCAUUCACACCCAUCGACACCGGCAGACUUGCGCAAGUUCUUACAGUGCUUUAGUAGCCGAAACCGUUGCUUUUCGAGACGACGUACCCGAGCACCUCGCCAUCGGAUGCCAUGGGGAUCUGAUCUCGUCGUUGGUUUUCAUGUGUUUCAGCAGAACGAAGACGUCGAGAUACAGAACUAAUCUCUAAUCUGAUAAACGUAAAGCUAAACCGUGUAAGAUUCAUCUUCUCUCUCGAUUGCGUCUUGUACGAAAUAGGAGUCGUACGAACGAUAUAUAAGUCGCAGUGAACCGUGAGUUUCGAUUGUCAUCGUGUGCUUGACGAAAGAUCGCUCCCUCGAAUUUUCCCGGCAGUUAAUUCGCCGGCAUUUUCCACUCGGAGCAUUGGAUUAACUAUCGGAGCGAUCCUUGGUGAAGCUGUGGUUGUUUCACUUUUUAAAAGAGCAUUUUUUGUGUCAUUCUCAUUUGUAUUUAUUGCCUUCCACUGUUGAUGUUGAGUGUAAUUACAAGAAGACUCGCUGUUAAUAUUAAUAUUAUUUUUAUUUUUUAAUAUUACUUUUACCAUCGCUAAUAUCAAGCGGAUAAUUUAAACGUCAUUAUUUCUUAAUAAGCGAUGCUGCGCGCGCGCGUGUAUAUAGAUAGAUAGAGAUAUAUACAUAUAUAUAUAUAUAUAUAUUUUUGACCAUUUAUCCUUUCUCGUAGAGACCACACAUUACUCACGAAUUUAAUUCUGUCAUCCUGUGCAGUAUUCCGAGCGUGGUUAGUGACUGCACGUUCCAGAAAAUAUGUCGUAGACGAAUUAGGUUGUUUAUUCUCGGGCGAUGAAUCCAGAGAGGAACACAGAGAAUUACCAGUAUUUUCAAGACGAUGUGUUUCUGCGCUGAUCACGGCUUUACUCGAAGGAAAUAUUGAAAUGAGGUAGAAAUUGUGAGAAAAGGAAAUAAGAAAAAAAAUCGAUGCGUCGUAUAGGGGAAAAAACGUACUUCAGAGGCAGAAUUUCAGUCGCGGGUGCCUGGCGCUCGCCAAUAAAAACGAAUGCGAACAUGGAGGAUUCUUUUAGCGUAUGAAAACUGUUUCUUGAAACACAAAAACAUACGGGUGAUGGUUUUCGACGGGCGAAACAUACUUUCACAUUUCGAAUUUAAAUUAUUGCGUUUGAUACAGUGCGCACGUAUAUGUUCAUGUUUAUCUGUAGCAGAUCUGUGUAGAAUAUUCAACGCUAGGAUAAAGCUCACUUAUUCUUUUCGAGCAAAACUGUGGCGUAUCGCAUUUACGAGCCAUUUGGUGCAUUUAUUUCAACACGUUUGUUGCCACGUAUUAUCGUUUCUCUUUCGUUUCGUAGCAUUCGUGAUGCUGGAUUCGUCGCUGAUGAAAUUCACUGGUAAUAGAAUCGUUUCGCAAACCGUUAAUAGUACACUGAGCAGUUGUACUCCGCUGCGCUCCCGUUCUAUAAUCGGCGCUGCGUAUUAUUUGCGUUUUGCGUGGCGGAAAUCGAUAGCACCUGAUGCGGAAGAACGUGCAUUUCGGCAAGAGAAUCGCCCUGUGCGUUAUUUGCGACCGUUGUACCGCAGGGUAGCAUGCGGGAAUACUAUGAAUCGCGCAUAUGCGGCGCACUAUUCGACGAAGAGAGACUUGGAAAUCUCCAUGGAAGCAAAUCGAUCAUCAAGUAGUGACGAUGUGGUUGUAUUCAUAGUCGAGGAUAUCUUACUAUAGUGAUGUGCAAUUGUGUCUUCUAGAACUUAAAUAUUUACUAUUUGCUAUUGGCAAAAAUAUCCGCGUGAAUACAACCGAAUGAAUUCCUGGGAUGCACGUCAAAGUUAACAUUGGCGCCUUCACGCAUGUGUCUGUCGACGACUGAAUGGACAUUAACGAUUGACGAAAUCAUGAUCGCUUAUCAUGAUCGACGAUUCGGAAACAAAGAACCUACAUUAAACAAAACAAAAAAAAAAGAAGAAGAAACCGCGAGAACUCAUCCCGAUCCAAAGAUUAAUCAAACGUAAGCGAACCUUUCCGUAGAGCAGCAACGCAAUUUUCGGUAUUCACAUCGUUAUUCAUUAUUUGAUUGUUAUUUAACGUUAUCGGAUAUUGAUAUCGGAUAGAGAAUGACAAAGUUAGUAGUUUACUGUUCGAGGUGUUUCUCAACGACGACGACGACAUACGAGAGAGACGCGAUUGACAAAUUUGUUACGUAUUGGAAAGUGCGGAGUAGGAAACGCGCCGAUACGAAUGAUACGGAAGAGGCCCGUGCCCUUCCUGUCCCCCUUCAACUCCUGCGUUCCUCUCUCACCUCUCCGAAAAGAGAGACGGUGAUUAAUUAUUGUCAAAGGAGCGGUUGUGAUCCCUCGAUAUGCGUUUUGUCCGAGAUAUUCAUAUAUUAUAUACAGAUAUUAUAUUUGUAAUGGGGUUUGGCUGGUCGCGAUUCGACGAUGCUUUAUUAAAUAAGUAAAUAAAGGGCGAGGGACGCUCUCUCCCAUGAGAGGAGUCUGCGACUAUCGUGGAUUGUUACAUCGCUCGAAUCGUCGACGACGGAGCGCGGCCAUGCGAUGGCAUCCUAAAGAGAUGUAAAACUUUCAGAUAAUAAACAUGCAUAUUGUUGUACAAA